AGAGCGCGCCACCCUGAUUGGACUGUGGGCACGAGGUGGCAGUGCCAGCUUAGAUAGUAUUACAAGGUUCAUAAUAUAAGGCCACGGCUUUUAUUAGUAAGGAAAUCACUAGGAGUGUUUACCAGGCUGCUCUUCACAACAGUUAUGCCACCAGAAACCACUGGGAUCUGAGGUCAGAAAGCUGGUUCAUCUUUUUCAUAUGGAUGAGAUACUGACGGCAGAUUUGAGUUUAGAAUAUUUCUACAAAAAAUGGCUGAGGACCAUGAAGUUGUGAAACCAAAUAAUGUGCCCAAGGAGCAGCCAGUUCCACAGAACACCAUAUACAGAAGUACACAGCACUCUCAGACUCUUCUGGACGGUCUUGUUGGGCUUCGUGAUGGUGGUAUACUAUUUGAUGUGGUCCUAAAGCUGGAAGGAAGAUGUAUAGAAGCUCAUCGAAUCCUCUUGGCAGCAUCAUGCGAUUAUUUCAGGGGGAUGUUUGCUGGAGGCUUAAGAGAAAUGGAUCAACGUGAAGUGCAGAUCUAUGGUAUAACUUAUAAUGCCAUGUGCAAGAUUCUGGAUUUCAUAUACACCUCUGAACUGGAACUGGGCAUUCACAACGUGCAGGAGAUACUCGCAGCAGCAUGCCAGCUUCAGAUCUCUGAAGUCAUCAGUUUCUGCUGUGACUUUCUUAUUUCCUGGGUGGAUGAGGAAAAUGUUGUGGAGGUGUACAAGCUGGCAGAGCUGUUCCACCUGCGCCAACUUAGUGAACAGUUAGAUGCCUUUGUACUUAAAAAUUUUAAUACAUUUUCUCGCACUCAAAUAUACAGGCAGCUCCCUCUGGAAAAAGUGUAUUCUCUGCUUAGCAGUAACAAGCUUGCGGUAGGUUCUGAAAAUGAGGUUUAUGAGGGGGCUUUGCUCUAUCAUUACACCGCAGAGCAAGUGGAAACGGACCAGGUGAGCCUGUCUGAGUCUCCAAAGUUAUUAGAAACUGUUCGCUUUGCCUUAAUGGAGUUCCCAGUGCUGCAAAGGUUACAUGACAAGUUGGGGCCAUGUCCCCUCAAAGUGACAGUAUCCAAUGCUUUGAAAUAUCACAAAGAUGAACUCAUGCAGCCAGUUCUACAGGGGCCCCACACACAACUGCGCUCGGAGUUCAAAUGUGUGGUAGGCUUCGGAGGCAUGUAUACUUCUGUUGUUACUGUACUCAGCGAUCAAGCUAAAUAUCUGAAUCCUUUGAUCGGGGAAUGGAGACCAUUAACUGCCCCUCAGGCACCUCGUAUGUCGAACCAAGGCAUAGCUGUAUUCAAUAACUUUGUCUACUUGAUUGGGGGAGACAACAACGUCAGAGGGUACCGUGCAGAAGCGCAAUGCUGGAGAUAUGACCCUCGGCACAACCGCUGGUUCCAGAUCCAGUCCAUGCAGCAGCCUCGGGCUGACCUAUCUGUCUGUGUUUUAGGGAAAUUUAUAUAUGCAGUUGCAGGGAGAGAUUACCACGAUGAGCUUAAGGAAGUGGAAAGGUAUGAUCCAUACACAAACACGUGGGAAUACGUGGCAUCACUUCAGAAACAGGUUCAUGCACAUGCCGGCUGUGAUUUGGAUGGUAAAAUGUACAUUUCCUGUGGCAGAAGGGAAAACACAUAUUUAAAAGAGACCUACUGCUAUGACCCAGACAGAGAUCAAUGGGCACGUGUUGCUCAGGGGCCAGUAAGUCGGGCUUGGCAUGGUAUGGUGGCAGUUCUGGAUAAACUCUAUGUCAUCGGAGGAAGUAAUGAUGAUGAGGGCUUUCGGCAAGAUCUCUUAGAGGUGGCCUGUUAUUGUCCUAAGACUGACCAAUGGUCAUUGGUGACUCCUCUUCCAGUAGGUCAUGGAGAGCCCGGGAUUACAGUUCUUGAAAAUAAAAUUUAUGUUCUAGGAGGAAGGUCACAUAACCAAGGACGGCGCACUGAUUACGCACAUAUAUAUGAUGCAGAAAAAGACUUGUGGGACGAAGGACCUCAACUAGAAGAAGAAGUUUCAGGCAUGGCAGCCUGUGUUGUGACUCUUCCCAGAUCUAUUCUCAUUGACGCAGAUGUCUGGACACAAGAGAUGUACAUGCAUUACAUGGAGAGAGCACAAAACCCAGCUGACCACAUAUCUGAGGGGAUCAGUGUUUCAGACUGGGAGGACUUAGAUAAUUCUGGUGAAGAUUGAUGUUUUGUGAGCAUGCAAAAGAGCAAUGUUUAAGGUUGGCUUUAAACUGGAAUCUCUGGCCAAAAAAUUUCAUCUAGAGAUUCCGAGGGUGGCUGGUGCCAACUGAAUCAGUUGGUGCUAGGACCUUGAGGACACUGCCGUCCCUAUAGAUGGCAAUGUAUUAUGUGCAGAUUCUGCCAAAAGAAUGAGCAAGAUCAUUCUUACGGUGGCGGAUAUUCAGCCAUUUAUAGGGGUACUCCGGUGAAAACCUUUUUUCUUUUAAAUCAAAUGGUGGCAGAAAGUU